AUGCCUGAAAUCCCCACUCCUUUGUUAGGGAGAGACAUCCUAGCUAAAGCAGGGGCCAUUAUACACCUGAGCAUAGGAGAAGGAACACAGGUUUAUUGUCCCCUACUUGAGGAAGGAACUAGUCCUGAAGUCUGGGCAACAGAAGGUCCACAUGGAAAAGCAAAGAAUGCCCAACCCGUUCAAGUUAAACUAAAGGAUUCCACCUCCUUUCCCUACCAAAGGCAGUACUCCCUUAGACCCGAGGCCCAACAAGGACUCCAAAAGAUUGUUAAAGACCUAAAAGCCCAAGGCUUAGUAAAACCAUGCAAUAGCCCCUGCAAUACUCCAAUUUUAGGAGUACAGAAACCCGAUGGACAGUGGAGGUUAGUGCAAGAUCUCAGGAUUAUCAAUAAGGCCAUUGUACCUCUAUACCCAGCUGUACCUAACCCUUAUACCCUGCUUUCCCAAAUACCAGGGGAAGCAGAGUGGUUUAUGGUCCCGGACCUUAAAGAUACCUUUUCCUGCAUCCCUGUGUCUUUAACCUCCUUGUUAAAUGUGGAAGCCUUACUUUACCGACAAAAAUCAGAUGGUAAAAUAGCAGCAAGCAGAUCAGGUGGCUUUUUUUAUGGUAGUUCAUCCUCUGGUGACUCAGACAGAAAAAAGCCACUCUUUAGCUUUGAAUUUGGUGCUACAGGAGAGGAUGAAGACAAGUCCAGAGAACAUUGGGAUGCUGGGAAUUCAAGGUCAGAAGACAGCCCAGCAGAUAGCACCAACACAAGAUAUGGUGCUGGCUUUAGUAGCAGUGGUGCCUCUCUGGAUGUGGGAUUUAGUUGGGGGACAUCUGAUGAAAAGGGAUUGGAAGUCGGUAGAGCUGAUGGGAGUGAAACUAGAGACAGUGGAUCUGCUGGGGGUGAAACCAUAGUCUUUGGACCUGAUGCGGGUAGCUCAGUUGGAACUGGUUCUUCUGGUUUGAAACUUGGAGCAGGGAAAGGUGAUGCUGCAUUUGGUUUUGAAGUUUCUGAUUCGAAUUCAUUUAGUGACAGUGGCAUUAGUAGCAAAACAGUUGAAGGAAAUCAAAUGAGUAGUUCUGGAGGAUCUGUUUCCAUUGAUCUAGGUGAUACCAGUUUAAGAAGUGACAAUCAAUUUGUUGGUGGUGGCUCUCGAAAUUCGAUAUCCAAUUUAUGGGAUUCUGGUCAAGAGAGAUUUGGAAUCAAUGAAAUUGGAGGGAAUGGAAUGAGUGGCAGUGUAUCUGCUGAGGCUGGAUUCAAAGGUUUUGGAUCUGAUGCCAGUAGCUCAGGUGAUUCAAGUGCAAGAAAUGGGUUUGAAAAUUCUAGUGGUAUCUCUGAAAAUUCAGGAGUCAUAUUGGGGCCAUCUGAUCAACAUGAAGUUGAACUCAGUAGAACUGGUGGGAAUAGACAGAGAAGCAGUGAACCUGCUGAGGCUGGAAACUUGAGUCCUGGAUCUGAUGCCAGCGACUCAGGAGGAAACACUUGGUCUUCUGGUUCUGGAAGUGGUGGAGGAAGUGUCACAAGCUCGUCUGAAUACAGUACAUCUGGACCACUCAAUACUCCAGAAAAAGGAUCCCACAUUCCAGAAGCAACUCCAAAAUACUCAGAAACAAAUGCAAUUAUUGAUGAAGUGUCUACCUGGAGCAAAGGAGCAUAUAAAUCUUUCAACGGCCGCAUCUUUUUCUUCGAAUCUUCAUGCCCGUACAUUUUCUGCCGUCACUGUGUUGAAUCUGGAGGGGAUUUCAAUAUUGAGAUCAAACGAAACAAUGAUAGUGAGAUUGAAAAAAUAACCGUUCUAAUUGACAAUAACGACAUCUCUAUUUUUGGUGACACCAUUUUAGUUAAUGGAGAAAGUGUACAGAUACCAUAUAACAAUAAGUUGAUUCACAUAAAAAAAUAUGGAGAACAUAAUGUUCUGAAUAGCCGUAGAGGAAUCCUGACUUUAAUGUGGGACAAAAAUAACAAACUCUCACUCACUCUUCACAAGCAGUAUCCAACUUGUGGUCUUUGUGGUAACUUCAACAGCACUCCAGGGCAAGAUAUUAAUGAGCACAUUGCCAAUAGUAAAAUUCCUGGUGAUUGUCCCAAUGCUGUUGGAAAAAGCUAUGAAGUUUGUGAAGAUGGAAUACAGCACUGUAACAAAAUUAUUGGAACCUACUUUGAGAAAUGUGGAAAGGUUGCUGCUCUAUCCAAUGAGUACAAAAUGAUCUGCAUUGAUGAAUACUGCCAAACUAGAGACAAAACAUCUACAUGUGACACUUAUUCAGAACUGUCCCGCCUCUGUGCCUCAGAUGGUCCUGGCACCUUUGAAUCCUGGCGAAGCGAUUCCGAUGUGGUUUGUGAAACACAGAGAUGUCCAGAACAACAUAUCUACAAAGAAUGUGGACCCUCCAACCCUGCAACUUGUUCUAAUGUGGCUCCUUUUCAAGACAGUGAAUGUAUGAGCGGCUGCACCUGCCCAGAAGGUUAUCUGUUGGAUGAUAUUGGAGAGAAAGGAAAAUGUGUAUUAAAAGCUGAAUGUCCCUGUGAAUCCAGUGGAAAAGUGUACCAGCCAGGAGAAGUCCGAGAGGGUCCUUGUGGUUCUCAGUGCACAUGCCAAGAUGCAAAGUGGUCUUGCACUGAAGCAUUAUGCCCUGGAAGAUGUAAGGUGGAAGGAAGUUCCCUUACCACUUUUGAUGGUGUUAAGUACAACUUUCCUGGAAACUGCCACUUCCUGGCCAUUCACAAUGAAGAUUGGUCUAUUAGUGUUGAGCUCCGUCCAUGCCCAAGUGGUCAGACAGGAACGUGCUUAAAUAGCGUUACACUUCUCCUGAAUUCUUCUGUUCCAGUUGACAAAUACAUAUUCAACAGUGAUGGAACAGUCACAAAUGACAAGAUUAGAAAUCAAGGUUAUUACUAUUCAGAUAAAAUACAGAUAUUCAAUGCAUCUUCCUCAUACCUUCAAGUAGAAACAUACUUUCAUGUGAAACUACAAAUACAAAUUGUUCCUGUGAUGCAGUUAUAUGUUUCUAUGCCACCCAACCAAUUCACAGACACUGUGGGACUCUGUGGUUCCUACAACAACAAAGCAGAGGAUGAUUUCAUGUCAAGUCAGAAUAUAUUGGAGAAGACAUCUCAGGCAUUUGCUAACUCUUGGGAAAUGAUGUCUUGUCCUAAAGGAAACCCCUCUUCAUGUAUUAGUAUAGAAAAAGAAAAGUUUGCUGAAAGGCACUGUGGAAUUCUUCUUGAUUCAAGUGGGCCUUUUGCUUCCUGCCACCCAAUUGUGAACCCUAAACCCUACCAUGAGGAAUGCAAAAAAUAUACUUGCACUUGUGAAAACAGUCAGGACUGCCUAUGUACAAUUUUAGGCAACUAUGUGAAAGCAUGUGCUGAGAAGGAAACAUACAUAGUGGGAUGGAGAACUGGCAUAUGUGAACAUUCUUGUCCAAGUGGCCUAGUUUUCAAGUACAAUGUAAAAGCCUGUAAUAGUUCUUGCCGAUCCUUGUCAGAAAGAGAUAGGAGCUGUGAUGUAGAAGAUGUUCCAGUUGAUGGAUGCACCUGCCCUGAUGAAAUGUACCAGAAUAAUGAAGGAAACUGUGUACUGAAAUCUCAGUGUGACUGUUACAUAAAUGAUGAGGUCAUGCAACCAGGCAAACUCAUCCAUAUUGAUGACAAUAAAUGUGUCUGUCGAGAUGGAAUUCUUCUUUGCCAGAUUCCCAUUGAUUUAACCCUACAAAAUUGUUCUGGAGGGGCUGAGUAUGUAGACUGCAGUGAUCCCAAGGCACAGAGAAGAACCGACAGAACAUGCGGUACUCGGAACAUACCUGUUUUUGAUGAGAACUUGCCUUGCAAACGUGGGUGCUUUUGUCCAGAAGGAAUGGUUCAAAAUUCUAAAGGGAUAUGUGUCUUUCCUGAUGACUGUCCAUGCUCUUUUGGUGGACGAGAAUAUGAUGAAGGAAGUGUCACUUCUGUUGGCUGCAAUGAAUGUACCUGCAUUAAAGGGUCUUGGAGUUGUACCCAAAAUGAAUGUCAAACCAUCUGCCACAUCUAUGGGGAAGGUCAUGUUAGAACUUUUGAUGGGAAGAGUUACAGUUUUGACGGUCUCUGCCAGUAUUCAUUUCUUGAGGAUUAUUGUGGUCAUGAAAAUGGCACAUUUCGUAUUUUAACGGAGAGUGUUCCAUGCUGUGAAGAUGGGCUAACGUGCUCAAGAAAAAUCAUAGUUUCUUUUCAGGAUCAGAAUGUUGUCUUGCAAGACGGUAAAGUAACAGCAGUCAAAUCUACAGAAAGUAAGAAAUGUGAACUCAAUGCAAAUGCAUACUCCAUACAUACUGUUGGCCUGUACUUAAUUCUGAAAUUUCAAAAUGGAAUAAUCGUGAUUUGGGACAAAAGUACAAGACUGUCUGUUAUUCUGGAUCCAAACUGGAAUGGCAAAGUGUGUGGUCUUUGUGGAAAUAACAAUGGUGAUCUCAAGGAUGAUUUCACAACAAGAUACUCUUCAGCAGCUUCUGGAGCACUGGAAUUUGGGAAUAGUUGGAAAACAAGCCAAGAAUGUUCAGAUACAGUGGCUCAGACUUUCCCAUGUGAUUCAAACCCAUACUGUAAAGCCUGGGCUGUGCGGAAAUGUGAGAUCCUCAGAGACAGCACCUUCAGAGACUGCCACAACAAGGUUGACCCCAGUGCUUAUUACGAUGCGUGCAUUGAAGAAGCCUGUGCAUGUGACAUGGAGGGGAAGUACCUGGGAUUCUGCACUGCUGUGGCUAUGUACGCAGAGGCGUGUAGUGCAGUUGGAGUCUGUGUCUCAUGGAGAAAACCAAAUCUGUGUCCUGUCUACUGUGAUUACUACAACGCGCCUGGGGAAUGCAGAUGGCAUUAUGAACCUUGUGGCACAGUGACUGCAAAAACAUGCAAAGAUCAGCUCAUUGGCCAGAAAUUUUCUUCACUUUUAGAAGGUUGUUAUGCUAAGUGCCCAGAGAGUGCUCCUUACCUGGAUGAGAACACCAUGAAAUGUGUCAGUUUAUCUGAGUGCAGCUGUUUCUAUAAUGAUGUCAUACCAGCAGGGGGAGUGAUUGAAGAUAAUUGUGGAAAAACAUGCUACUGUAUUGCAGGGCAGUUGGAGUGCAGUGAAACUGCUCCUACCAAUUCAACAUUUGCAGUUUCCACUACAACAGCUACCGCCAUAUUAAGCACGGGAGCAGCAAUUACACUGGUUACCAGUAGCCCAGGCACAGCAGCAUCCAUUCCAGCGAUUACAACAUCAAGCAGUGAAACAACAGGAACAACUCUAGGUCCUCUCAUCGAACCUUUUACUACAGGCAUUACUGAAACUUCAGUUCCCAUCAUCUCAACAUCUGGAAAUGCAGGCACGACAGGAGUAGUGAGCCCCACCAUCACUGGUGCUGCAGGCAUGGCAGGAACAACUGGAGGAGUGGAUGCAGCCACCACUGGAGCUGCUGGUGAAAAUACAUCUGAGAGAGCAGGCACACCGGGGGUAUCUGGAGUAACCCCUGCAGUCAGAGGUGGCAGUACCCCUGGAGAAGCAGGCCCUGGAGCCACAGUUUCUGGAAGUACAGGAGUUUCUGCAGGCUCCACCACUGCCAGCCCUGGAGCCUUAGCCACAACCUCUGAAAGCAGCAAAUCAGGAACUACUGGACCCUCAGUGGGUGGAAAAACUGGAGCCACAAGCAGUGAAGUGACAUCAUCUGAAGGCAUGUCAGGUGUAACAGGACAGUCUCUUGGAUCUACUCCUGGAUCUGACAGUGAAAUCACAGCUAAAAUAUCUUUCACUGGUUCCGGUCCACCUGGGAAACUCACGAGGCCAAGCCCGGGCUCACCUGAUCACUUUAGUGGUGGAACAACUGAAGGGGGAAAUGUAGCCAUCACUGGAGCUGCUGGUGAAAACACUUCUGGAGCAUCGGGUUCAACAGAAGGGUCUGUGGAAGCCACCACCAGCGCAGGCAGUGGAAACACAGCUGGAACAUCAGGUACUGGGGCCACUGGCCCUGGAAACACAGCAGUCUCAGGUACACCUGUGGUAUCACCUGGAGCAACUCCUGGAGCUCCAGGUAGCAGCACCCCUGGGGAAGCAGGCAUUGGAACCACCAGUUUUGGAAAAUCAGGGACCCCGACAGUAUCUGCUGCCUCAACUACCAGUAGCCCUGUGAGUAAACACACCGAUGCAGCCUCAGCCACAGCAGUGACAAUCUCUGGAAGCAAACCAGGUACACCUGGAACACCAGGUGGUGCAACUAGUGGAGGCAAAAUUACAUCUGGAUGGUCCAGCAGUGGUGCCAGCACAGGCUCUUCAAAUACACCAGGGGCAACUGGAUCAUCAACUGGAGACACAGAGACAAGUGGACCAUCAGCUAAAGUAACAGGGAAUUAUGGACAAUUAUCUGAAAUAUCAGGAACAACUAAAUUGUCAUCUGAUGUUUCAAGGACAAUGGGACAAUCAGAUACAACAUCUGGACCAUCAGUUGCAGUGACAAGGACUUCUGAACAAUCGUCAGGAGUCACAGGGGCAUCUGAACCAUCAGUUGGAGUAUCAGGGACAACUGGACCAUUAGCUGAAAUAUCAGGGACAACCAGACCAUUAGUUUCAGGAUUAAGGACAACUGGAUCAUUAGCUGAAGGAUCAGGGACAACUGGACCUUCAUCAAGAGAAUCAGUGACAACUAGACCAUUAGCUGAAGGUUCAGGAACAAGUCGACAAUCGGUUACAGGAUCAAGAACAACUGGAUUAUCAGCUACAGAAUUAGGGACAACUGUGUCUUUUACUGGAGGAUUAGGUACAAGUAGAUCAUCUGCUAGAGAAACAUGGACAACUGGACCAUCAGCUGAUGGGUCAGGAACAACAGGACCAUCUGUUGUGAGAUCAGGGACAACUAGAUUAUCAGUUGGAGUGACAAGAGCAACUGAAUCAUCACCUGGAGUGACAGGAACAACUACACCAUCAGCUGAAGAAUCCAGAACAACUGGACCAUCUGUUCUAGUGGCAGAAACAACUGGACAAUCAGGCCAAGGAUCAGGGACAACUGGAAAAUCUUUUAUAGAAUCAGGACCAUCUGUUGUAGGAUCAGGGACAACUGGACCAACAUCUGCAGGAUUAGGAACAUCUGCACCAUCAACCAGAAGAUCAGGCACAACAAGACCAUCAGUUGGAAGAACUGGGACAACUGGACAAUCAGGUGCAGAAUCAGGAACAACUGAACCAUCAGUUAGAGUGACAGAUGUAACUGGAACAUCAGCUGAAGUAUCAGGAAGAAUUGAACCAUCAGCUACAGGAUCAGGUACAAGUAGACCACUAGGUGAAACAACAGGGACAACUAUAUCAUCAACGGAAGGAUCAGAGGCAACUGGACCAUCUGUCAUUGGAUCAGAAACAACUAGACUAUCAGUUAUAAGAUCAGGGACAACUGGAACUUCAUCUGGAGGUUCAGGUGCAACAAGAUCAUCAGGUGGAGGAAUGGGGACAACUGGACAAUCAACUGCAAGAUCAGAAACAACUGGACCACUUUUUGGAUUGACGGGAACAUUUGGUCAAUCUGCUACAGUGACUGGGACAUCUUCAAAUUCAGCUGGAGUAACAACAUCUGAAAAAUCACCUGGAGUGGCAAUGACAACAGGACUAUUGGUUGAAGGAUCAGCUACAACUCAACCACCUAUUUUAGAAUCAGAAACAACUGAAUCAUCAGCUGGAGUGACAGUGGCAUCUGGACAAUCAGCCAGAGUGACUUGGGCAACUGGACCAUCAGCUGGAGAGACAGGAACAACUGGACCAUCAACUGAAGGAUCAGUUGCAACUGUACCAUUUGUUAUUGGAUCAGAAACAACUAGACCAUUAGAUAUAGGAUCAGGGACAACUGGAAAUUUAUCUGGAGGUUCAAGUACAACAAGAUCAUCAGAUGAAACAACAGGGACAACCAGAAAAUCAACUGCAAGAUCAGAAACAACUGGACCACUUUCUGGAUUGACAGGAACAUCCGGGCAAUUGGCUGGAGUGACUGGGACAUCUUCAAAAUCAGCUGGAAUAACAGUGACAUCUGAAAAAUCAGCUGGAGUUGCAGUGACAACAGGAUCAUUUGUUGAAAGAUCAGUCACAACUGGACCAUCUCUUUUGGAAUCAGAGACAACUCGACCAUCAGGUGGAGUAAUAGUGACAUCUGGACAAUCAGCCAGAGUGACUGAAACAGUUGGAGCAUCAGCUGGAGUGAUAGGAACAACUGGACCAUCAACUGAAGGAUCAGGGGCAACUGGACCGUCUGUUGUGGGAUCAGGAACAACUAGACCAUUAGCUGGUGAAUCAGGUACAACUGAGUCAUCAGCUGGAGUGACAGGGACAAGGCCAUCAUCAUCAAGAGAAUCAGCAACAACUGGACCAUCAGAUGAAGGAUCAGGAACAACUGGACUAUCAGCUGGAGUGACAGUGACAUCUGGACAAUCAGUUAGAAAGACUGGGACAACUGGAGCACCAGCUGGAGUUACAGAAAUAACGAGACCAUCUGUUGUCAAAUCAGGGACAACUGGACCAUCUGUUACAGGAACAAGGACAACUGGAACUUCAUCUGGAGGAUCAGGUGCAACAAGAUCAUCAGGUGGAGAAACAGAGAAAACUGGCCAAUCAACUGUAAAAUCAGGGAUGACAGAAUCAUUUACUGGGUUGAUAAGAACAUCUGGGCAAUCAGCUGGAAUGACUGGGACAUCUGCACAAUCAGGUGGAGUGGCACUAACAACAGGUCCUUUUGUUGAAGGAUUAGUGACAACUGGAUCAUCUACUGUAGGAUUAGAGACAACUAGACCUUCAGCUGUAGGAUCAGGAACAAUUGGACCUCCAGUUGUAAAAGCACAGACAACUGGACCAUCAGCUGGAGUAACAGUGACAUCUGGACAAUCAGCUAGAAUGACUGGGGCAACUGGACCAUCAGUAGGAGUAACAGGAACAACUGGACCAGCAAGUAAAGGAUUAGGGACAAUUAGACCAUCUGUUGUAGGAUUAGAGACUACUGAACCAUCAGCUGAAGGAUCAGGGACAACUGGACCACCUAUUGUAGGAGAGACAACUGUACCAUCAGCUGGAGUGACAGUUACAUCUGGAUACUCAGAUAGAGUGACUGAGGCAACUGAACCAUUGGUUGGAGUAACAGGAACCACUAAACCAUCUGUGGUAGGAUCAGUGACAACUGGACCAUCUGUUACAGGAGUAGCGACAACUGCAAAAACUUCAUCUGGAGGAUUAAGUACAACUAUAUCAUCAGUUGGAGGAACAGGGACCACUGGACAAUCACCUGAAAGAUCAGGGACAACAGGACCAUUUACUGGAUUGACAGGGACAUCUGUACAAUCAGCUGGAGUGACAAUGACAUCUGUCCAAUCAGCUGGAGUGGUAGUAACAACAGGACUAAAUGUUGAUGGCUUAGGGACAACUGGAAAAGCUCUUGUAGGAUCAGGAACAACUGGAUUAUCAGCUGAAGCUACAGGGACAAUUGGACCAUCAACUGAAGGAUUAGAGAAAACUGGACCAUCUAUUACUGGAUCAGGAACAACCAGACCAUUAGUUACAGAAUCAUGGACAGCUGGAACUUCAUCUGGAGGACAGAGUACAACAAGACCAUCAGUUAGAGGAACAAAGACAACUGGACAAUCAGCUGAAGGAUCAGUGACAACAGGGCCAGUUACAGGAUACACAGAAACCUCUGGUCCAUCUGCUGGAGUGACAGUGAUACCUAGACAAUCACCUACAGUGACUCAGACAACUGGAUCAUCAGCUGCAAUAUCAGGGACAACUGUACAAUCUCUUACAGUAUCAGGGACCACUAGACCAUCAUCUGGACAAACAGAAAUAACUGGAUCAUCAGUUGAAGAAUCAGGGACAACUGAAUCAUCAGCUGUAAGGUCAGGGACUACUGGACCAACAGCUGGAGUGACAGGUACAAAUGGACCAUCAUCAGCUGGAGUGACAGGGAUAACUGGAUCAUCACCUAUAGUGACAGGGACAACUGGAUCAUCUGCAAGAUCAGGGACAAGUAUACCAUCAGUUGGAAAAACAGGAACAACUAGAAAAUCAGUUGAAGAAUCAAGGACAACUGGACCAUCAGUUGGAAUAACAGGUACAAAUGGACUAUCAGCUGAAGUGACAGGGACAACUGGACCAUCAGCUGGAGUGACAGGGACAACUGGACCAUCAGCUGGAGUGACAGGGACAACUGGACUAUCAGCUGGAGUGACAGGGACAACUGAACUGUCAGCUGGGGUGACAGGGACAGCUGGACUGUCAGCUGGAGAGACAGGGACAACUGGACUAUCACCUGGAGUGACAGGGACAACAAGAUCAUCAGCCGGGGUAACAGGGAAAACAGGGCUAUCAGCUGGGGUGACAGGGACAACUGGACUGUCAGCUGAAGUGACAGGGACAACUAGACUAUCAGCUGCAGUGACAGGGACAAAUGGACCAUCACCUGGAGUAACAAGUACAACUGGACCACCAGCUGGGGUGACAGGGACAACUGAACUAUCAGCUGGGGUGAUAGGGAAAACUAGAUCAUCAGCUGGAGUGACAGGGACAACAGGACUAUCAUCUGAAGUGACAAAAACAACCAGAUUAUCAUAUGGGGUGACAGGGACAACUGGACUAUCAGCUGGGGUGACAGGGACAAGUGGACAAUCAGCUGGAGUGACAGGGACAACUACACUAUCAGCUGAAGUGACAGGGACAACUAGACCAUCAGCUGGGGUGACAGGGACAACAGGACUAUCAGCUGAAGUGACAGGGAUAACUGGAAUAUCAUCUGUGGUGACAGGGACAACUGGACCAUCAGCUGGGGUGACAGAGACAACUGAAUCAUCAGCUGGAGUGGCAGGGACAACAAGACUAUCAGCUGGAACAACUAGAUCAUCAACUGGGGUGACAGGGAUAACUGGGCUAUCAGCUGGAGUGACAGGGACAACUGGACUGUCAACUGAAGUGACAGGGACAACUGGACCAUCACCUGGGGCGACAGGGACAACUGGACUAUCAGCUGGAGUGACUGGGAUAACUGGGCUAUCAGCUGCAGUGACAGAGACAACUGGAUCAUCUGCAAGAUCAGGGACAAGUAUACCAUCAGUUGGAGAAACAAGAACAACUAGAACAUCAGUUGAAGAAUCAAGGACAACUAGACCAUCAGCUGGAAUAACAGGUAGAAACGGACUAUCAGCUGAAGUGACAGGGACAACUGGACCAUUAGCUGGAGUGACAGGGACAACUGGACUAUUAGCUGGGGUGACAGGGACAACUGGACUAUCAGCUGGGGUGACAGAGAAAACUGGAUCAUCAGCAAGAGUGACAGGAACAACUGGACAAUCAGCAGAAGUAACAGGGAAAACUGGACUAUCAGCUGGAGUGACGGGGACAACUGGACUAUCAGCUGGAGUGACAGGGACAACUGGACUCUCAGCUGGAGUGACAGGGACAACUACAGUAUCAGCUGGAGUAACAGGGACAGCUGGACUAUCAGCUGAAGCAACAGGGAAAACUGGACUAUCAGCUGGGGUGACAGGGACAACUGGACUAUCUGCUGGGGUGACAGAGACAAUUGGACUAUCAGCUGGGGUGACAGGGACAAUUGGAUCAUCAGCUGGGGUGACAGGGACAACUGGACUAUCAGCUGGGGUGACAGGGACAGCUGGACUCACAGCUGGGGUGACAGGGAUAACUGAACCAUCAGCUGGAGUGACAGGGACCACUACAGUAUCAGCUGGAGUAACAGGGACAACUGGACUAUCAGCUGAAGCAACAGGGAUAACUGGACUAUUGGCUGGGGUGACAGGGACAACUGGACUAUCUGCUGGGGUGAAAGAGACAAUUGGACUAUCAGCUGGGGUGACAGGGACUAUUGGAUCAUCAGCUGGAGUGGCAGGGACAACAAGAGUAUCAGCUGGGGUGACAGGGACAAUUGGAUCAUCAGCUGGGGUAACAGGGAUAACUGGACUAUUAGCUGGGGUGACAGAGACAACUGGACAGUCAGCUGAAGUGACAGGGACAACUGGACAAUCUAUUGGAGUGACAGGGACAACUAGAUCAUCAGGUGGAGUGACAGGGAUAACUGGACUAUCAGCUGGAGUGACAGGGACAAAUGGACUAUCAGCUGUGGUGACAGGGAUGACUGGACUAUCAGCUGAGGUGACAGGGACAACUGGACUAUCAGCUGGGGUGACAGGAAUAGCUGGACUCUCAGCUGGGGUGACAGGGAUAACUGGACCAUCAGCUGGAGUGACAGGGACAACUACAGUAUCAGCUGGAGUAACAGGGACAACUGGACUAUCAGCUGAAGCAACAGGGAUAACAGGACUAUCGACUGGGGUGACAGGGACAACUGGACUAUCUGCUGGGGUGACAGAGACAAUUGGACUAUCAGCUGAAGCGACAGGGACAACCAGACCAUCAGCUGGGGUGACAGGGACAACUGGAUCAUCAACUGGGAUGACAGGGAUAACUGGAUUAUCAGCUGGAGUGACAGGGACAAGGAGACUGUCAACUGAAGUGACAGGAACAACUGGACCAUCAGCUGGGGUGACAGGGACUAUUGGAUUAUCAGCUGGAGUGACUGGGAUAACUGGGCUAUCAGCUGUAGUGACAGAGACAACUGGAUCAUCUGCAAGAUCAGGGACAAGUAUUCCAUCAGUUGGAGAAACAGGAACAACUAGAACAUCAGUUGAAGAAUCAAGGACAACUAGACCAUCAGCUGGAAUAACAGGUACAAAUGGACUAUCAGCUGAAGUGACAGGGACAACUGGACCAUUAGCUGGAGUGACAGGGACAACUGGACUAUCAGCUGGCGUGACAGGGACAACUGGACUAUCAGCUGGGGUGACAGGGACUAUUGGAUCAUCAGCUGUGGUGACAGGGAUAAAUGGACUAUCAGCUGGAGUGACAGGGACAACUGGACCAUCAGCUGAAGAGACAGGGGCAAUUGGAACAUCAGCAGAAGUGACAGGGAUAACUGGACCAUCAACUGGGGUGACAGGGACAACUAGACUAUCAGCCGAAGUGACAGGGACAACUGGCCCAUCAGCUGUGGUGACAGGGAUAACUGGACUAUCACUUGAGGUGACAGGGACAACUGGACUAUCAGCUGGGGUGACAGGAAUAGCUGGACUCUCAGCUGGGGUGACAGGGACAAUUGGACUAUCAGCUGAAGCGACAGGGACAAUUGGAUCAUCAGCUGAAGUGAGAGGGACAACUGGACUAUCAGCUGAAGUGACAGGGACAACCGAACCAUCAGCUGGGGUGACAGGGACAACUGGAUCAUCAACUGGGGUGACAGGGAAAACUGGACUGUCAACUGAAGUGACAGGGACAACUGGACCAUCAGCUGGGGUGACAGGGACAACUGGACUAUCAGCUGGAGUGACUGGGAUAGCUGGGCUAUCAGCUAUAGUGACAGAGAAAACUGGAUCAUCUGCAAGAUCAGGGACAAGUAUCCCAUCAGUUGGAGAAACAGGAACAACUAGAACAUCAGUUGAAGAAUCAAGGACAACUAGACCAUCAGCUGGAAUAACAGGUACAAAUGGACUAUCAGCUGAAGUGACAGGGACAACUGGACCAUCAGCUGGAGUGACAGGGACAACUGGACUAUUAGCUGGCAUGACAGGGACAACUGGACUAUCAGCUGGGGUGACAGGGACUAUUGGAUCAUCAGCUGUGGUGACAGGGAUAAAUGGACUAUCAGCAGGAGUGACAGGGACAACUGGACCAUCAGCUGAAGAGACAGGGGCAACUGGACGAUCAGCUGAAGUGACAGGGAUAACUGGACCAUCAGCCGGAGUGACAGGGACAAGUGGACAAUCAGCUGAAGUGACAGCGACAACUGGCCCAUCAGCUGAAGUGUCAGGGCUACCUGGAGUGUCAGCUGUGGUGACAGGGAUAACUGGACUAUCAGCUGAGGUGACAGAGACAAUUGGACUAUCAGCUGGGGUGACAGGGACAAUUGGAUCAUCAGCUGGGGUGACAGGUACAAAUGGACUAUCAGCUGAAGUGACAGGGACAACUGGACCAUCAGCUGGGGUGACAGGGACAACUGGACUAUCAGCUGAAGUGACAGGGAUAACUGGACUAUCAGCUGUGGUGACAAGGACAACUGGACCAUCAGCUGGGGUGACAGAGACAACUGGAUUAUCAACUGGGGUGACAAAGAUAACUGGACUGUCAGCUGGAGUGACAGGAACAACUGGACUGUCAACUGAAGUGACAGGCACAACUGGACUACCAGCUGGAGGGACUGGGAUAACUGGGCUGUCAGCUGCAGUGACAGAGACAACUGGAUCAUCUGCAAGAUCAGGGGCAAGUAUACCAUUAGUUGGAGAAACAGGAACAACUAGAACAUCAGUUGAAGAAUCAAGGACAACUAGACCAUCAGCUGGAAUAACAGGUACAAAUGGACUAUCAGCUGAAGUGACAGGGACAACUGGACCACUAGCUGGAGUGACAGGGACAACUGGACUAUCAGCUGGGGUGACAGGGACAACUGGACCAUCAGCUGGAAUAACAGGUACAAAUGGACUAUCAACUGAAGUGACAGGGACAACUGGACCAUUAGCUGGAGUGACAGGGACAACUGGACUAUCAGCUGGGGUGACAGGGACAACUGGACUAUCAGUUAGGGUGACAGAGAGUACUGGACUAUCAGCUGGGGUGACAGGGACAAUUGGAUCAUCAGCUGGAAUAACAGGUACAAAUGGACUAUCAUCUGAAGUGACAGGGACAAGUGGACCAUUAGCUGGAGUGACAAGGACAACUGGACUAUCAGCUGGGGUGACAGGGACAACCGGACUAUCAGCUAGGGUGACAGAAAGUACUGGACCAUCAGCUGGGGUGACAGGGACAAUUGAAUCAUCAGCUGGAAUAACAGGUACAAAUGGACUAUCAGCUGAAGUGACAGGGAAAACUGGACCAUUAGCUGGAGUGACAGGGACAACUGGACUAUCAGCCGGGGUGACAAGGACAACUGGACUAUCAGCUACGGUGACAGAGAGUACUGGACUAUCAGCUGAGGCGACAGGGACAAUUGGAUCAUCAGCUGUGGUGACAGAGACAACUAGACUAUCAGCUGGAGUCACAGGGACAAUUGGACGAUCAGCUGAAGGGACAGGGGCAACUGGACUAUCAGCAGAAGUGACAGGGACAACUGAACUAUCAGCUGACGUGACAGAGAAAACUGGACCAUCAGCAGAAGUGACAGGGAAAACUGGGCUAUCAGCUGGAGUGAUGGAGACAACUGGACCAUCAGCUGAAGUGACAGGGACAACUGGAUCAUCAGCUGGGGUGACAUGGACAACUGGACCAUUAGCUGGAGUGACAGGGACAAGUAGACUAUCAGCUGGGGUGACAGGGACAACUGGCCCAUCAGCUGAAGUGACAGGGCUACCUGGAGUAUCAGCUGGGGUGACAGGGACAAUUGGAUCACCAGCUGGAGUGACAGGGACAACUCAGCUAUCAGCUGUGGUGACUGGGAUAACUGGACUAUCAGCUGACGUGACAGGGACAACUGGACUAUCAGCUGUGGUGACAGGGAUAGCUGGACACUCAGCUGGGGUGACAGGGAUAGCUGGACACUCAGCUCUGGUGACAGGGAUAACUAGACCAUCAGCUGGAGUGACAGGGACAACUACAGUAUCAGCUGGAGUAACAGGGACAACUGGACUAUCAGCUGAAGCAACAGGGAAAACUAUAUCAUCAGUUGGGGUGACAGGGACAACUGGACUAUCUGCUGUGGUGACAGAGACAAUUGGACUAUCAGUUGGGGUGACAGGGACAAUUGGAUCAGCUGGGGUGACAGAGAUAACUGGUCUAUCAGCUGGAGUGACAGGGACAAUUGGACCAUCAGCUGGUGUGACAGGGUCAACUGUACUAUCAGCUGGGGUGACAGUGACGACUGGACAAUCUGUUGGAGUGACAGGGACAACUGGAUCAUCAACUGGAGUUACAGGGAGAACUGGCCUAUCAGCUGGGGUGACAGGGAUAACUGGACUCUCAGCUGAGGUGACAGGGAUAACUGGACCAUCAGCUGGAGUGACAGGGACAACUACAGUAUCAGCUGGAGUGAGAGGGACAACUGGACUAUCAGCUGAAGCAACAGGGAAAACUGGACUAUCAGCUGGGGUGACAGGGACAACUGGACUAUCUGCUGUGGUGACAGAGACAAUUGGACUAUCAGCUGGGGUGUCAGGGACUAUUGGAUCAUCAGCUGGAGUGGCAGGGACAACAAGAGUAUCAGCUGGGAUGACAGGGACAACUGGACCGUCAGCUGCUGUGACUGGGUCAGCUGGACUAUCAGCUGGGAUGACAGGGACAACUGGACAGUCAGCUGAAGUGACAGGGGCAACUGGAGAAUCUGUUGGAGUGACAGGGACAACUAGAUCAUCAGGUGGAGUGACAGGGAUAACUGGACUAUCAGCUGGAGUGAGAGGGACAACUGUUUCAUCUGCAAGAUUAGGGACAAGUAUACCAUUAACUGGAAAAACAGGAAAAACUAGAACAUCAGUUAAAGAAUCAACGACAACUGGACAAUCAGCUGGAAUAACAGGUACAAAUGGACUAUCAGCUGAAACGACAGGGACAAAUGAACUAUCAGCUGGGGUGACAGGGACAACUGGAUCAUCAGCCGGAGUGACAGGGACAACUGGACUGUCAGUUGAAGCAACAUGGACAACUGGACUAUCAGCUGGAGUGACAGGGACAACUGUCCCAUUAGCUGGGGUAACAGGGACAACUGGACCAUCAGCUGGAGUGACAGGAAUGACUGCACUAUCAGCUGGAGUGACAGGGAAAAGUAGACUGUCAGCUGGAAUGACAGGGAAAAUAGGACCGUCAGCUGAAGCAACAGAGAAAACUGGACUAUCGGCUGGAGUGACAGGGAUCACUGGACCAUUUGCUGAAGUGACAGAGACAACUGGAUUAUCAGCUGGGGUGAGAGGGACCACUGGACCAUCAGCUGAAGUGACAGGGACAACUGGACUAUCAGCUGGGGUGACAGGGACCACUGGACCAUCAGCUGAAGUGACAGGGACAACUGGACUAUCAGGUGGGGUGACAGGGAAAACUAGAUCAUCAGCCGGGGUAACAGGGACAACUGGAUUAUCUGCAAAAUCUGGGACAAGUAUACCAUCAGUUGGAAAAACAGGAACAACCAAAACAUCAGUUGAAGAGUCAAGGACAACUAGACCAUCAGCUGGAAUAACAGCUACAACUGGAGUGCCUGCUGCAACUUCCCCAGGAGCUGAAGGUGAAAGCAUAGCUUCCACGUCAGUUGCCACGGGAGCCAUCCCUGGGUCAACAAUUGCACCAGGAAGUACCACUACUGGUACCACUGGGGUAACCACUGGCACAACUCUUGCCCCUAGAAGUUUCAACAUAGGAAUUUCUGGUGGAAUUUCUGGGAAAACCCUCAAACCUGGAAGUUAUGUCUCAGAGGCUACAACUGCUACAGGGACUCCUGGAGCAGGAGGCACCACUAUCAUUUCUCCUGAAGUCAGUACCAGUUCAGAAGUUUCCAACACAGGUAUCACUGGAGUAGGCUCUGAGACAUCUGUUGAAACAGGAAUUUCCAACACAGCUACGACUGGGGUGGCUCCUGGCACAACCCUUGCCGCUGGCAGUUCCAGUACAGAGGCCACAACUUCCAUAGGAGGAAGUGCAUCAACAAGAGGAGGAAUAGCCACAGAAGCCACAGGUUCCACAAGAGGGGUCAGGACCACUGGAUCGGAAGCUCCAGAAGGUACUUCUGGAGAAUUCUCUGGGACAACCAUUUCAUCUGGAGGCUUCCGCACAGAAGCCACAACUCUCACAGGAGGUAGGGGAAGUAUUGGAACUGAAUCCAGAGCAGAGUCCACAACUUCCCUACAAGAAAGUGCAAAAACAAGAGGUGGAAUAGUGACAGAGGCCACAAGUUCCACAGGAGGGAUCAGGGCCACCGGAUCAGAAGCUCCAGGAGGUACCUCCGGUAAAUUCUCUGGGAUGACCAUUUCAUCUGGAGGUUCCCACACAGAGGCCACAACUCUCGCAGGUGUCAGGGACAGCGCUGAAAGUGAAUUCAGAACAGGUACUUCUGGUGAAUUCCCAGGAACAACCAUUACAUCUGGAGAUUCCCACACAGAGGCCACAGCUCUAACAGGAAGCAGGGGCAGUAUUGGAAUUGAAUCCACAGUAGAGACCACAACAUACAUUGGAGAAAGUGGGACUACAAGAGGUGGAUUGGCCACAGUUACCACUGGGGAAUUCUCUGGAAAGACUCUGGAACCUGGGAAUGACAACACAGAGGCCACAAGUUCCACAGGAGGGAUCAGGGCCACCAGAACAGAAGCUCCAGGAGGUACCUCUGGUGAAUUCCCAGGGAAAAUAUUUACAUCUGGAGGUUCCCACACAGAGGCCACAAUUUUCACAGGAGGCAGGGGCAGUACUGUAACUGAAUCCAGAGCAGCCACCACUAGGGCAGCUCCUGGCAGUUCCAAUACAGGGGCCACAGCUUCCCUAGGUAGAGGUGCAACGACAAGAGGUAGAAUAACCACCGCUACCACUGGGGCUUUCUCUGGAAAGACUCUGGAACCUGAGAAUGACAACACAGAGGCCAAAAGUUCCACCAGAGGGGUCAGGACCACCAGGUCAGAAGCUCCAGGAGGUACCUCUGGUGAAUUCCCAGGGAAAAUAUUUACAUCUGGAGGUUCCCACACAGCCACCACUAGGGCAGCUCCUGGCACAACUCUUGCCCCUGGCAGUUCCAACACAGGGGCCACAGCUUCCCUAGGUGGAGGUGCAACGACAAGAGGUAGAAUAACCACCGCUACCACUGGGGCUUUCUCUAGAAAGACUCUGGAACCUGGGAACGACAACACAGAGGCCACAAGUUCCACCAGAGGGGUCAGGAUCACCAGAUCAGAAGCUCCAGGAGAGGCCACAACUCUCACAGGAGACAGGAGCAGUACCGGAAGUGAAUCCAGAACAGCCACCACUGGAGUAGCUCCUGGCACAACUGUUGCCCCUGGCAGUUCCAAGACAGCGGCCACCACUUUCCUAGGAGUAAGUGGAACAACAAGCACUGGAAGAGCCACGGGUGCCACAACUUCCAUAGUAGGGAGUGACACCAGCCAAGCAGAACAUCCAGGAGGUACAACUGUGGUUUCACCUGGAGUCAGCAGCAGUUCACAGAGCUCCAGGCCAGGCACCUCUGUCACACCAGAGAGUUCAGCAUCUGAAAGUGAAACAGUUACUACAAAAGAAUUCUCUGGGACAACUGCUAUAUCUAGAACUUCCCACACCGGCACCCCUGCAGCCUCAGGAGGCCAAGCAACUGGGAGCCUGACAGCCACCACUGGGGUAGCUCCUGGCACAAUUGUUGCCCCUGGCAGUUCCAGCACAGAGGCCACAACUUCUGUAGGAGAAAGAGAAACAACAAAAGCUGAAAUAAUCACAGGUACCACUGGAGAAUUAUCUGGAACAACCAUUAUAUCUGAAAGUUCCACCACAGCAAGCAUCACUGCAGCAACAGGGAAGCAAGCAGGCACCUCAGAGGUAGCUCCUUCCACAACAGUUGCCCCUGGAAGUUUCAGCACAGCAGUGACAGCUUCUCCUGGAGCAACUGGAAUUACUGGGGUUACAACAACUACAAAGACCACAACUUCCCUAGGAGGAAGUGGCACCACUGGAGCAGAAAUAAAAUCAGCCACCACUGGAGCACCAGGAAGUAGGACAGGCACAGCUGGAGUGCCCUCUGCUACAACAGUCUCCCCUGGGAGCUCCAACUCAGAGGCCACAACUUCUGUAGGAGAAAGUGGAAAAACAGGAGCUGAAAGAAUCACAGAGGCCACCACUUCCACAGAAAGGACUGGUAGUUCUGGAACUGGAUUCAAAACUGGCACCUCAGAGGUAGCUCCUGCCACAACAGUUGCCCCAGGAAGUUUCAGCACAGCAGCCACAACUUCUCCUGGAGCAAGUGGAAUGACUGGGGUUACAACAACUACAAAGACCACAACUUCCCUAGGUGGAAGUGGCACCACUGGAGCAGAAAUAAAAUUAGGAACCACCACUACAGCACCAGAAAGUAGGACAGCCGGAGUGCCCUCUGGUACAAGAGUCACCCCUGGGAGCUCCAACUCAGAGGCCACAACUUCUGUAGCAGAAAGCGGAAUAACAAGAGCUGAAGUAAUCACAGAGGCCACAACUUUCUCAGGAGGCAGCGGGGCCACCCGAGCAGGAUUACCCGGAGGUACCACUGGAGAAUUUUCUGGAAUGACCAUUAUAUCUAGAAGUUCUAACACAGAGGCCACCAUUUCCACAGAAGCAGGUACUUCUGGAACUGGAUUCAAAAUUGCAGGCAUCACUUCUGCCCCAGGGAAACAAGCAGGCACCUCUGUGGUAUCUCUUGCCACAACAGUUGCCCCUGGAAGUUUCAGCACAGCCACAACUUCUUCUGGAGCAAGUGGAAUAACUGGGGCUGGCCCCACCUCAGAGACCACAACUUCCCUAGGAGGAAGUGGUACCACUGGAGCAGAAAUAAAAUCAGGCACGGCUGUAGUGCCCUCUGGUACAACAGUUGCCCCUAGGAGCUCCAACUCAGAAGCCACAACUUCUAUAGGAGAAAAUGGAAAAACAAGAGGUGAAAUAAUCACAGGUACUACUGAGGCCACCUCUGGCAAAGUUCUGCAACCUGGAAGUGCCCACACAGAGGCCACAAUUUUCCCAGGAGGCAGUGGGACUACCCGAGCAGGACUGCCAGGAGGUACCACUGGAGAAUUGUCUAGAACGACCAUUAUACCUGGAAGUUCUAACACAGAGGCCACAACUUCCACAAAAGGGACUGGUACUUCUGGAACUGGCUUCAAAACUGGCACUUCUGGGGUGGCACCUGGCACAACAGUUUCCCCUGGAAGUUUCAGCACAGCCACAAUUUCUCCUGGAGCAAGUAGAACGACUGGGGCUGGACCCACUACAGAAACUACAACUUCCCUAGGAGGAGGUGGCACCAUUGGAGCAGAAAUAAAAUCAGGAGCCACCUCCGGAGCACCAGGAAGUCAGACAGGCACAGCUGCAGUGCCCUCUGCUACAACAGUUGCCCCUGGGAGCUCCAACUCAGAGGCCACGACUUCUUUAGGAGAUAGUGGAAAAACAAGAACUGAAACAAUCACAGGUGCUACUGAGGGUAAAACUCUGGCAGCUGGAAGUGGCCACACAGAGGCCACAACUUUCUCAGGAGGCAGCGGGACCACCCGAGCAAGACCACCGGGAGGCACUUCUGGCACAUCAGGAGGAUAUGUCCCUGGAAGGGAAACAGAGCCCACAACUUCCAUUAAAGAAACUGGAACUUCCAGAACUAUAUUCAAAACUGUAGGCAUCACUUCAGCCCCAGGGAGGCAAGCAGGCACCUCUGUGGUGGCGCCUAGCACAACAAUUGCCCCUGGAAGUUUCAGCACAGCAGCCACAACUUCUCCUGGAGCAAGUGAAAUGACUGGGGUUAGAACCACUUCAAAGACUACAACUUCCCUAGGUGGAAUUGGCACCACUAGAACUGAAAUAAAAUCAGGAGCCACCAAUGGAGCACCAGGAAGUAAGACAGGUGUCAUGAGAGAAUCUUCUAGAACGACCAUUCUAUCUGGAAGUUCUAACACAGAGGCCACAAAUUCCAUUGAAGAGACUGGUACUUCUGGAACUGGAUUCAAAACCGCAGGCAUCACUGCAGCACCAGGAAAGCAAGCAGGCACCUCUGGGGUGGCAGCUGGCACAACAGUUGCCCCUGGAAGUUUCAGCACAGCAGCUACAACUUCUCUUGGAGCAAAUGGAGUGAUUGGCACUGGCCCCACUGCAGAGACCACAACUUUCCUAGGAGGAAGUAGCACCACUGGAGCAGAAAUAAAAUCAGGAGCCACCACUGGAGCACCAGGAAGUAAGACAGGCACAGCUAAAGUGCUCUCUGGUACAACAGUUGCCCCUGGGAGCUCCAACUCAGAGGCUACAGCUUUCUCUGGAAUCACUGAAGCAGUAACAGUCCCAAGUAAAAAUGGAUCCAUGACCACUGCACUGGGGAGCCAACUCUCCAGCAGUCAAACAGUGAUUCCACGUUCCAGUGGCACCAUCUCUCACACAACUGUUGCACCUGGAAGUUCUGAUACAGGAACCACCUCUGGUGCAUCAGAUGAUCAAGUCACUGGAAGUAAAACAGGCACUACUGGUGUGGCCUUGAGCACAACUGUUGCACCUGGAAGUUCCAGUACAGAAGCCACAACUUCCACAGGAGUCCAUAGAACCACUGUAGUGGGACGGAAGACAGAAGCUACCACUAGAGGGUCAGCAAAGCAAGGAACUGGAAGCACAAUAGAAGCUACGACGUCCUUUAGAGGCACUGGGACCACAGGAAGUGGAAUGAAUACAGGUACUACUGGAGUAGUCUCUGGCAACACCAUCUCACCUAGCAGUUUCAACACGGAAGCUACCAGUAGCACAUCUGAGAGGCCAAACCCUGGAAGUGAAAUAGGCACCACUGGCAUAGUCUCUGGCACAACAGUUGCACCUGGAAGUUCCAACACAGAAGCCACAACUUCUUUGGGCAAUGGUGGAACCACUGAAGCUGGAAGUAAAAUAGUUACCACUGGGAUAACUACUGGCACGACCAUUGUACCUGGGAGUUUCAACACAAAGGCUACGACUUCUACAGACGUUGGAGUUGCCACUGGAGUUGGAAUGGCAACUGGGAUCACCAACAUAAUUUCAGGGAGAAGCCAACCUACUGGAAGUGAAACAGGCUACACUGUAACAGGCUCUGGAACAACAGCCUUACCUGGAGGUUUCAGAACAGGCAAUACCCCAGGAUCAACGGGAGUCACCAGCAGCCAAGAAGGAACCACUGUGGUAUCAAGUGGAAUCACUGGAAUCCCAGAAACUUCCAUCUCAGGUCCUUCCAAGGAAGCAUCUGACAAAACCACUGCUCCUGGACCUCCUACCACAGUCACUGCUUCCACAGGAGUCAAAGAAACUUCUGAAACUGGAGUGCAAACAGGUUCCACCUUGGUUACAGCUGGAGUGCCAACAAGACCACAAGUAUCCCAGCCAGAAACCACUGUCAUGGCAACCAGAGAAGUAGAAACUGAAAAUAAAACAGAAUGUCUAGCCUCACUUCCACCAGCUCCAGUUUGUCACGGUCCACUGGGAGAAGAGAAAUCUCCUGGAGACAUAUGGACUGCCAAUUGCCACAGAUGUACCUGUACUGAUGCAAAGACUAUAGACUGUAAAGCUGAGGAGUGUCCUUCUCCACCCACAUGCAAAACCGGCGAGAAGCUUGUGAAGUUCCAAUCUAAUGACACCUGCUGUGAAAUCGGAUACUGUGAACCAAGAACAUGUUUAUUUAACAAUACUGACUAUGAGAUUGGUGCUUCAUUUGAUGACCCCAGCAACCCCUGUGUCUCCUACUCCUGCAAAGACACUGGCUUUGCUGCAAUAGUCCAGGACUGCCCAAAGCAGACCUGGUGUGCAGAAGUAAACAGAUUCUAUGAUUCAAAAAAAUGUUGCUAUACAUGUAAGAAUAAUUGCAGAUCUUCCCUUGUAAAUGUGACUGUUAUCUACAGUGGUUGCAAGAAAAGAGUUCAGAUGGCAAAAUGCACAGGGGAAUGUGAAAAGACUGCCAAGUACAAUUAUGAUAUCUUACUCUUGGAACAUUCAUGCCUUUGCUGCCGAGAAGAAAACUAUGAACUCAGAGACAUUGUACUUGACUGUCCUGAUGGCAGUACAAUCCCUUACCAAUACAGGCAUAUCACGACCUGCUCUUGUUUAGACAUAUGCCAACCAUAUACGACCUUCAUGUACAGUUAAUGCUGACAUCACCUUCCCAGUUUUAACAGGCCUGGUAUUUAUGUUAUAAGUGAGGAAAAAUAAUCAUUUAAAUAGUGAGAAUAACUAAACAAUGUGAGAAUAACUCAAAACAAUGAGUUCUCAUUAUGAGGAAUUUUGUUCUCUUGUUGACUGGAUCUGAAAAAUAAACACAACUUGACAAGC